CAGUCAAAACAAGAUGGCGGCGUACAUGAAAGUUCGAGGGGUGUAUUUGUCUUGAAUAGUUUCGUCUCUGUCACUUCACGAUAAUUACACAUCAUGGGCCUGACAUAUCUCUUUCUGUAUGGCUGUAUCAUUGCAGUUUGUAUUCUCGUCCUGUCAAAAAUUUGUGCUGGUAUUCUGUCCAAAGUACUGAGCCAUCUCUUAAAGAAAGAUGUGAGCAUUGACUACAUUGGCUUCUUCUCUCUCAAGAAUGUCUCUGUACAGCUGCACAAAAGCAGUGUGGUUCUUGAUGACAUUUGGAUAUCCUGGCGACUUUUCAACCCCAGCCAAAACUACCGGAUGGCAUUGCACCUGGGUGACGUGAGGGUGCGUGCUGAAAUGCAGAACGAUCAAGAAAGAACUCCACAACCCGAGAGGGGUGAAAAAUCUGUCAAGUCUGGUAGAAAAGGAUCAUCAUUCCUGAAUUCCAGCUAUUUCAUAUCAGGAAUUCGGUUCCUUACAAAGAUGAUGUGUCUGAAAGUGGAAGCCUUGAACAUCAUGUUACUGAAUGCUAUGGGAACAGACUCAUUACUGCAUGUCACCAUCAAGAACAUAUCACUGGCUGGCGCCGCACUCACAGAGCAAGUUAUCGCGACUGAUCUGGAAGUGCAGCAGAUAUCACUCCGAAUGCUUCGCAGUGCUAACUCAGAUGCAGGAGAGCAGUCCCACACCGCACAAGCCUCCACCAGCCUGAAAGUAUCCCUGCAGCUGGACUUGAUCCUGAAGAAAAUCCUGGGUAUUUCUGUCAAUGUUGGAAGCCCAAGAGUGUCAUUACUAGAUGGUUUCAUGACACAGAUUCUUCCAACAUUUCCCAGGAAGACAGCACCUAGUGACCCACAAGAGCAUAGAGAGCUACAGCAGCAGAAACCUUUUGAAGAAAAACUCAGAGCUGUUAUACAAAAACUACCGAGGGAUGCCAAGUUACAGAUUGACGAUAUUGACUGCCAAGUUAUGAUCCAGAGUGAACAAAGGCGCCUAACUUUAACAACCAAGCAGCUCUUAGUAACCGCUGAUGUCGACAGUGACAAGCUGAUAUCAUGCACCAAGACCAAAGAUCUCUUGUUGCCAGGAAUCUCCUGCUUGCUCAAGCUUACAGAUGUUCAGAUGAAUAAUAUGCAAUCUCUGAAGCUACUUUCACUGAAUGACAUAUCCGUGUCACUACAGCUACGUGAGACUGGUGUAUACUCAGACCUGGCCCUGAGGCAUUGUCAUGUCCUCUACCAUGACGAAGAGAUGAUGUUUUGGUUGACAACCAUCCAGGAACAAAUAAAACAGCGCAAGGCAAGACAGGGAAUUGUUAUCCCUACAAGACCCACAAUUGUCAGCCAUCCAGAACCUCCAAAAGCAUCAGGCACAUCAAGUCUCCUCCAGGAGUUCACUUUGCCCUUUGACCUGACCCUUGACCUGAGUGACAUGUCAGGUCACAUGACAUGGCCCAAUGCUCCUGACUGUGCUGUUACCAUAGCAACAUUGAAGACUGGCACAAGAAUCACAUCGGAUUCAGGAUCAACUCCAAAGAAGCCACUCAGAUAUAUUAGGUGCAAUAUGCAAGGAGAUCGUAUCUUCUGUCAGGUUGGUGAUGCUGUCCGUACUCCCAAUGGAGUCACGAUGUCCUCCAGACACACAUGGGGCACACCAUUAGCCAUCAACAACAUCAAAAUGAAGGUGAAUUUCACACCUUACUCUAUUGACGUGGACGGUGCAGUGAACUCCUUACAGCUUGAGUCUUGUCUGGAGCUACACUCCGUCGUGGAGCACAUCUUAAAGGUCACUCGGGGUCAGGAGGUCAAAGGUCAAGGCUCGGAGAGGCAGAAGGUCACUGUGGAGGCUGGAUUAGGUCCCAAGCACCGGACCCAGAGAGUCAAUUUGAGACUUAGCGACUUCAAUGCCUUCGUCUGCAGUGACUUGAAAGAACGCAUCAUGUUAAGAGUUGACAGCGUGGAGGUUGACUCGGAGUCUGAAGGGAACUCAACUGCAGUCGUCAUGGGAACCAAGUUACUUGUAGUUACAAAAGACAGCAAGGUCAUUGAUUGUGUAGCGUACAUGUCACUUCCUGAAGCAAUACUUGAUGUGACUCUGAUCAACCUGAAAUAUACAGCAGCAUCAAAGACAUUGAAUGCUGUGAUUGAGGAGACCUGUUGUGCCCGCUGGAAUACCACGAAUCACAUGACCAUGUACCAUCACAUCAAAGAGGUUGCCUUGUUUGGCCUGAAGGUCAAAG